GCUCCUCAUUUCGAGGAGGCAGCAAGGAGGAGAGAAGAGGAGGAACGUAGAAGAGAGGAGGAGGAAAGGAGAAGACAAGGAGUGAAUGGUAGAAGAGGUAAUGGAAACGGACAUGGUGGCUAUGGAGUGACACCGGCGCCUCAAUUCGAAGAUGCAGCAAGGAGAAGAGAAGAGGAGGAACGUAGAAGAGAGGAGGAAAGGAGAAGGCAAGAAAUCAACGGUAGAAGAAAUGGAAACGGAAACGGACACGGUGGUUAUGGAGUGACACCGGCUCCUCAAUUUGAAGAUGCAGCAAGAAGAAGAGAAGAGGAAGAGCGAAGGCGUGAGGAAGAAUUACGCAGAAGGGAAGAAGAAGAACGGAGAAGGGAAGAAGAAGAACGUAGAAGGGAACAAGAAGAACGUAGAAGAGAAGAAGAAGAACGUAGAAGAGAGGAAAUGGAACGCAGGAGAGAGCAGAAUGGUGGUUUUGGACCUGGUAGCUAUGGAGCACCAACUGCAGCACCUACUAAUGGAUUCCAUGAAGAAGAAAUGAGGAGAAGAGAAGAAGAACGAAGACGAGAGGAGGAGCAACGUCGUAGAGAAGAUGAACAGAGGCGCAUUGAGGUAAAUUAUUUUGACUGA